AUGACUACAUUCAGUUUUACUUUUAUCAGUUUACGUACGAAACUACCAUGUCAUGUCUCUGGUGUAGAACGUACAUGGGAAUAUUUAAAAAAAGAAUUUAAUCGGCAAAGCGAUGGUUUACCUGGCGCACGAUAUUACGAAACAAUGGGAGCUGGACCUCAAUUAUUUGCUGUUCUUGAUAAUGAAGUAUAUUAUCAUGAUGAGGAACAAUGGUUUCCGUAUAAGAGCGCGAUGAAUCUCGUACAAGGAACAAUUGUAACCGAUGAAUAA